UGAGCUGGUAGUGCCGCACCACGAUGCCAUACGUGAUACGUGUAUCGAUGUGACGUCUAAUCAAGUCUACUUGACCAACAAGUUAAUUUGUUUUCAAGCGACGUUCUCAAGCAAGAAGCAAGGAGCCGUUCUUACUUUUCGAAGCCGAAGGUGACGUGUACCUAUUCCACGCGCGUCGUCUAGUUGCCGUCUGCUCCGGUUUCGUUGCCUCUCGUGUCUCGUCGUCAACCGCGGUCAGGGUUGUCAUCUCUGGCAUGCGUGCGAACGUUCCUUCGUGAUUUCAUAUACACAUCUUGUCGUUGGCAAUACAUUGUCACGUGAAAUAUGUUAAAAUACGGAAGUAUUUUUUUCGUCUUUCUAUGCACUCUUCAGUUUGGGACUAGUCUGUAUUUUCAUAUCGGUGAAACUGAGCGGAAAUGUUUCAUCGAAGAGAUCCCCGACGACACUACGGUUUUUGUCAAUUACAAAGUGGAGCUUUAUGACCCAAGAAGUGGAGGUUUCAUGCCAAGUAGCCCUGGCAUUGGUAUGCACGUCCAAGUGAAGGAUCCCGACGACAAACCUAUGGUUUCUCGAGUUUACAGCUCCGAAGGUCGAAUUUCCUUUACCUCGCACACUCCAGGAGAACAUGUAAUCUGCUUAUAUUCCAACAGCACUGCCUGGUUCAGCGGUACUCAAUUGAGAGUACAUCUAGAUAUUCAAGUAGGGGAACAUGCAAUCGAUUAUGCCAAUGUAGCACAGAAGGAAAAGUUAUCAGAGCUCCAACUUAGAAUACGUCAGCUCUUAGAUCAAGUUGGACAAAUAACCAAGGAGCAAAACUAUCAGAGGUAUCGAGAAGAGCGGUUUAGGCAAACGUCCGAAAGCACUCAUCGCCGUGUAUUCUGGUGGUCUCUGACUCAGACGGUAAUAGUUCUGAUUAUGGGUGCAUGGCAAAUGAAACAUCUUAAGAGUUUCUUCGAGGCAAAGAAAUUAGUUUAAGUAUUACGAUGAAAAAUGCGGUCUUGAGAUUUUAGCCGCGUAUCGCUGAUAUAUCUAAAUCUUUCACUCAUAGCGUUAGGCAAUUUUUCAUUAUAAUAUUAAUUCAGCAAUGUGCUUAUCAAAUCAACAUAUUUGUAUUAAAUUAUCGAUUAUUUUCUACAGUGAAUAAAUUACUUGUAAUUAUACAAUUGCUUCAUAUGUAGAAAGUUAUAAAAAUAAAGUAAAUGUCUUAAAUAAAGGA